ACAUCUAAUUGAUCCAACAAAUCACUGAAACCAAAAAAUCUCAAGCCCCGCCCCAUUCUGCAUCACCACACCGCAUCCAUGGAUCCGGCCGCCCCCGGCGACUCCUCCCUCCUGGACGACUCCACCCAGCUCCGUCGUCCCCUCUGCCCCCGUUUCCCUUCGCUCUCCUCCAGCUUCCGCCUCAAAACAACCCUCUGGUCCGAACUCAGCGGCGCUGUCGGUGACCUUGGAACUUACAUCCCCAUCGUCCUUGCCCUCUCUCUCGUCAACGGCCUCGACCUCGGCACCACCCUCAUCUUCACGGCUCUAUACAACGCCAUUACUGGCCUCCUCUUUGGCAUCCCCAUGCCCGUUCAACCAAUGAAAUCCAUCGCCGCCGUCGCCAUCUCGCCUUCUUCCCACCUCUCCAUUCCCCAAAUCAUGGCCGCCGGUCUCUGUACCGCCUCCACCCUCCUAAUCCUCGGAGCCACCGGUCUCAUGUCCCUCUUCUACCGUCUCCUCCCUCUCCCCGUUGUCCGCGGCGUCCAGCUCUCCCAAGGCCUAUCCUUUGCUUUCUCCGCCGUCUCCUACAUCAGGUACAGCCAAGACCUCCCAUCUGGAAAAACCUCCGGCCCGCGCCCCUUACUCGGCCCCGACGGUCUCCUCCUCGCGCUCUCCGCCCUCCUCUUCAUCCUCCUCUCUUCCGGCACAGAAAACGAAAGGCGACGCCUUGUCCCCUCUGCGCUCAUCGUCUUCCUCGUCGGCUUCAUCCUCUGUUUCAUCCGCGACGCGUCUGUUCUCCGACACCUUAAGUUCGGCCCUGCCCCCCUUCGCGUCAUUACCAUCACGCGGGAAGACUGGAAAGUCGGAUUCUUUCGUGGAGCAAUCCCGCAAAUCCCGCUUUCCAUCCUGAAUUCGGUGAUUGCCGUCUGCAAACUUUCUGGGGACCUGUUUCCCGACCAAGAGGUUUCGGCGGCGGCGGUUUCGGUCAGCGUGGGGCUGAUGAAUUGGGUCGGAUGCUGGUUUGGUGCGAUGCCGGUUUGUCACGGGGCCGGUGGGCUGGCCGGGCAGUACCGGUUCGGCGGCCGAAGCGGGUUGUCGGUUAUGUUUCUCGCGGCAGGGAAGAUGGUUCUGGGAUUGGUGUUUGGUAACUCGUUUGUGAUGAUAUUGAAACAAUUUCCGGUGGGGUUACUGGGGGUGUUGUUGGUGUUUUCUGGGGUCGAGUUGGCAAUGGCGUCGAGGGAUAUGGGAAGCAAAAAGGACUCCUUUAUUAUGCUGGUAUGUGCGGCGGUGUCGAUGAAGUUGAAUGCGGCGGCGGGGUUUGUGUGUGGAUUGGUGAUUGUUUUGGUGCUAUGGAUAGGAGAGGUGGAUUGGGUGGCUCAGUUGAGGGGAAGGCGUGGGAGAACUGUGGAUGACAAGUCAAGACCUGGUGCAACGGAGGAGGAGAUUGUUGGAGUUUAGCGGGAAAAAAAAGGUGUUUGGUUUCCAGCCGCGUGUUUGUUGUGCCUCAUGAGUAAAUUGCAAAUAUUGUUAGAAACAAUUGAUUUUAAAUUGGUUGAGAAAUGCUGUUCCAGUCCUCAAAUCAACAUACUUUUAUUAUUAAUUUCAUGUAAUUGAUAAGAAUUGCAAACUUAAUUUGAUGUAGAAGUUAGAUUC